AUGGAAGGCAGCGCUCACCCGGGCGGGGGUGGGGCCGGGGAGUCUUCUCAGCCUGCGGAGAGCGACAGCAACACGGAACGGGAGAGGCGAAGCCACCGGACGACGUGGACCGCCGAGGAGGACGCGAAGCUGGUGUCGCUGGUCGGGAAGUAUGGUGCGGCCAACUGGUCGACCAUCGCGCGGGAGAUGGGGAGCGACCCGCCGCGCAACGGCAAGAGCUGCAGGCUGCGGUGGUUCAACCAACUCAACCCCGAGGUCAAGAAGGAGCCGUUCACGCCGGAGGAGGAGGCAAUCGUUAUUGAGAAGCAUCGAGAGCUGGGCAACCGGUGGGCGCAGAUCGCGCGGUUCCUGCCCGGGCGCACGGACAACGCGGUCAAGAACCUCUGGAACGGGCACCUCAAGCGCAAGGUCGAGGCGGCCUCGUCGGAGGAGGGCUCGGACGUGAAGCGCCAGUGUCGGGGGGACUCGAGCGGAGCCUGGGGCAACAGCGAGGGCAACCCCGCUCGCGGGUACCCGUACAGCUGGCAGGCCGCGCAGCACGUGAUGCAGCAGGCCGCGCAGGCGCCGAUGCCGCAGCGCUACCAGCCGACCGCCAUGCCGCCGCAGCAGGCGCCGCCGCGGCACCCGAUGCAGCUCGCGCAGCCCGCGCAGGAGUACGGGCAGCAAGGAUACGACGACUGGGGCGGCGGGGGCGCGCAGAACGCGCAGACCGCGCUCGCCCUGCAAGACAUCUCGCAAAUGCUUCUGCGCCUCCUCGGGAUGCUGACUCAGGGGGGGGUCGAGCCGGGAGGACCCGGGAUCGACGUCAACCUCCUCCUGAGCGCCUUCGGGAUGAUGGCGGCGGCCGGAGCGUUCGCGAGCAUGCAGCAGCAGCAGCAGCAGCAGCAGCAGCAGCAGCAGCAACUCCGCCCGCCCGCUCCCCCGCAGCCCGGCGCCUUGCCGACGCAGCCCCCCCCGCAAGCGUACGUCUCCGGUCCGGUGCACCAGCCGCUGCUGCAGCCGACCGCGCCCUUCGCGCAGGCAGCUGUGCCUGACCCCAACUUGGCUGCUUACGUGGCUGAUCUGGUCUCCGCUCUGGGCGCCGUCAGCCGACCCAACCCGCAGGCAGCCCCGCCUGUCUCCUACCCUCUGCCCAGCUUCCCCCCUACUUACCCAGCGUCGCACCACCAGCUCGUGCGACAGCCGGCCCAGCAGAAGCCGUCCGCGCGGCCGGACGAGGCCCGCCGCCCCCCCCGCCUCCAAGACGAGCCCGUCACCGUCCCCGUCACGCGCGGGACUGGCUCCGGCACGGCGAUGGUCUCCUCGGCGCACAAUAUGAACACCGGCAACGCAAACAUGCCCGCCGAGCCCCAAGACGACCCUUUCGGCAUCAUGGCCGCGUUCAACCACCUGGUGGCGGCGCGCGGGUCGCCGAAACGCGGAUUCAGCAGCGGAUCCGGGCCCGACGCGCAGGCGCCGCAGCAGGCGCUGCAGCGGCGCGCGAGCCGCGGGACGGGCCCCGGGAGCGUCGAGGCGGUCCGCAAGGACGGGAACGGGUCCGGCGGCACCGGCAGCGGCGCCGGUGCCAGCAAGCCCGCCGACGGCAGCAACCCGCGCUCGCAGGACCCCGAGGACCCGAGCCGCUCGCAAUAA